AUGGCCUCGAGCGAUGAUGAGAACGUCUCCUUCAAGAAAGCUUCGGCCGUGAGAAAGGGCGACAUUGUCCUUCUCAAGGCAACCCACCCCGCCAAGGUCGUGGAGAUGUCGACCUCGAAGACCGGCAAGCACGGCAGCGCCAAGUGCCACCUGAUCGGCCUCGACAUCUUCACCGGCAAGAAGAUCGAGGCCAUCUGCGGCUCCACCGACGACGUCACCUUCCCCGACCUCGACAAAGUCGACAUGCUCCUGAAGGAGGUGAAGGAGGACGGCCGGCUGGUGGCGAGCGACCGUUCGGGCGAGACCUUCACCGACAUCCAGAUCGCGUCGGGCCAGCUGAGCGACAACCUGAAGAAGGCCCACGCCGCCGGCAAGCCGCUCACCCUGUGCGUCGUCACCUGCAUGGGCAAGCGGGUGGUCACCACCUACAAGGAGCGCAAGAACGGCCGGGACUGA